AUGCCGUACGGCAGGCAGCGCGGCGGCGGCUACGGCGGGCUCGCCGCUGGUAGUGCGCUAGUUCUCAGCCGGAUGAAGCUCGCGACACGCAACCUCUGCCUGACCGCCAGCGCUGCAGUCGCAGUCGUCGAGAGCAGUGCCAGUAGCAGUGCCGUCGCCGCUGCCAGGGACGGCCCAAUGAUGAAGGUGUACGCGCGCCGCGAGCCCUCAGCGGUCGGCUUCCUCGCGCCCGGUGGCUUCGAGGCCCAGUGCGCCCAGCAGGAUCUGCUCGCCAGCAUACAGGUCGCCGCCGCGGCCCACAGCGCUGCCUCGGCGUUGGUCUCUUCUGCCGCCGCCGCCGCCUCCUCCUCCUCCUCUGCCUCUUCCUCGGUCUCGGGCGCCGUUCUCGACGCGCAGAACGCCGGCAUCAGCAGCAGCAGCAGCGGCUUCGGCCCCGACCAUGUCGCCUGCAUGUGCGAGGCCCUCAUGCAGAAGAAGGACAUCGACAAGCUCGACCAGCUGCUGACGAGCCUGCCGAAGCAGCGGCUCAGCGGCGAGAGCGUGCUGAUGGCCCGGGCCACGGUGGCCUUCCACCGCGGCAACUACUACGAGGUGUACAAAUUGCUCGAGUCUAACCAGUUCUCGCAGCGGCGCCACGCCGAGCUGCAGCAGAUGUGGUGGAAGUCGCACUACUUCGAGCAGGAAAAGGUGCGCGGACGGCAGCUCGGCGCCGUAGACAAGUACCGGCUGCGCAAGAAGUUCCCGCUGCCCAAAACCAUCUGGGACGGCGAGGAGACCAUCUACUGCUUCAAGGAGAAGUCGCGGAACGCCCUCAAGGACAUGUACGAGAAGAAUCGCUACCCCAACCCCGAGGAAAAGAAGAACCUGGCCAAGAAGACCGGCCUCACGCUCAUCCAGGUCUCCAACUGGUUCAAGAACCGCCGGCAGCGCGACCGCACGCCACAGCAGCGACCGGACAUUCUGCCGCUGAACUGUCAAGUGUCGAACCCCCUGACGAGUCCGCUGGGUGCUCCGACGGCCCCCCAUCACUCUCAGCAGCAACAGCAGCAGCAACAUCAACAGCACCAGCAACAGAUGAAUGCCGGCGGGCAACAGCAGCAGCAGCAACAGCAACAGCAACAGUCCCUGCAGGCACUAGACUCGGGCUACGCGUCGCUGACCAUGUCGCCGGUCUCGAGCGUCGGCAUGUCGCCCAUAGCCGCUGCAGCGGCAGCUGCCGCCGCCGCCGCGCCCCAUCACCAAGGUUACGCCAGUCCCGUGGUCACGCCCUCGCCCGUGCACACCACCCACAACCCUAUUGCCGCCGCCGACGUCAAGCCGCACUGCGUCUACGCCCGGGACAUCUACGACAGAAAGGAGAUGGACCAGAGCCCCGUUUAUUAUUCGACCCACUCGAACAUCACCCACCACCAGUAUUACCAGCCCAGCCAUCACCAUCAUCAUCAGAUGAUGGCCAGCUCCCAUCACCAUCACCACCACCAUCACCAGCUGGGCAUGACGACGGGUUACGAAAGCAUGCUGCCGCCUCCGCAGCCCUCGAUGUGACCGACGGACUACAGUGCGACGGCCAGCCAAGACGAGUACGACGAGGCUCACUACUGCCAACCUGCCGAAGGCUGUUGUAAAUUGUUGUAAAUUUCCGCUUAUUCCCAUCUCCCCUCCCUAGCUACUUAAGGUAACUUUGGUCCUUCGCGUUCGACCACCGUUCAACUGCGUUUUUCAAUAUCGUCAACUAUGUGCUAUUCUACAUUUCGUCAUUGACCUCUUUUCUUCAGGGACUCCUCG